GAAAAUAUAUGCGUGGGCCACCGUGUGGGUCCCACAUUUUAUUUAUUUCCUCUCUCCUCAGUCCUCCCAUGUGCAGUGUGAAAAACCCUCCCCACCCUCUCUCUCCUCUGUAAAAGCAACACACUCAGCAACUUAAACUCAAAUUCUCAUUUUCUCUCUCUUCUUCCACUUUUCUCUCUCUCUACUAAACUCUUCUUCUACAAUGUCGUCGCCGGCGCCGGCGACGUCUCCUCCCGUCACUAACACCACCACUCCUCCGCCGGCACCUUCCACUACUCCGCCACCAACCGCCGCUCCUCCUCCUACUACUACGCCUACCCCUUCUCCUCCUGCUCCUCCGCCGUCUACUCCGGCGACUUCUCCUCCUCCGUCGUCGUCAACUCCGGCGACUUCUCCACCUCCGACGUCGCCGACUUCUCCUCCUCCUACGACGUCGUCUCCUGCUCCCCCUACUGAUACCCCUUCACCCCCUGCUCCCCCCGGUGAAACCCCUUCUCCUCCUUCACCUCCUUCCGGCGGUGGCGGUGGCAGGUCGUCUCCUACUUCGCCUUCUGGUGGUGGGUCACCUUCACCUCCUUCGCGGUCUUCUACAUCGGGAUCAACUCCUUCUUCGGGCUCAUCACCGGGCUCAAGUUCGGGUUCGGGUUCGGAUUCUGGUGGGGGUAAUGGGAUAUCGACGGGGACGGUAGUAGGGAUAGCAAUUGCAGGAGUGGUGGUACUGGUGAUUUUGAGUAUAAUUUGUGUGUGUUGUGCUAAAAAGAAGAAGAAGAGAAGAAGAGAUGAAUAUGGUGGUGAAGGUUAUUAUAUUCCUCCUCCACCUCCUCAUGCUCCCAUUGGUCCUAAAGAUGGUCCAUAUGCUGUUCAAGCACAGCAGUGGCAGCAGAAUUAUCCUCCACCAGUUGAGCAUUAUCAGGUGCCGAAACCCCCUCCACCGCCUGCGGCCCCGCAACGGCCGCCUAGACCUCCUUCUCCCCAACCCCCACCGCCACCGCCACCGCCUGCACCGUUUAUGAGUAGUGGUGGAGGUUCAGGAUCCAGCUUCGGGUCUGAAUACCCACUUCCACCGCCUUCCCCUGGACUUUCACUCGGGUUUGUAAAGAGUCCCUUCUCUUAUGAGGAGUUGGCAAUGGCUACUAAUGGGUUCUCCGAGGACAACCUCCUGGGUCAAGGUGGUUUUGGGUAUGUCCACAAGGGUAUCCUUCCUAAUGGUAAGGAGGUUGCUGUUAAGUCUCUUAAAGCUGGUAGUGGACAGGGAGAGCGCGAAUUCCAGGCAGAAGUUGAAAUCAUCAGCCGAGUCCAUCACAAACAUCUUGUUUCUUUGGUUGGAUAUUGCAUUACUGGUGCACAUAGGUUGCUGGUUUACGAGUUCGUACCAAACGGUACCAUGGAGUUCCAUCUUCAUGGUAAAGGACAGCCUACCAUGGAAUGGCCUACAAGACUGAGGAUUGCCCUUGGAGCUGCAAAGGGGUUGGCAUAUUUGCACGAGGAUUGCCAUCCGAAAAUUAUUCAUCGGGAUAUUAAAGCUGCUAAUAUUCUUCUGGAUAACAAGUUCGAGGCAAUGGUUGCAGAUUUUGGACUGGCAAAGUUAUCUUCAGAUGUUAAUACUCAUAUAUCCACUCGUGUGAUGGGAACCUUUGGAUACCUGGCCCCUGAGUACGCUUCAAGUGGGAAACUUACAGAUAAAUCUGAUGUUUUCUCCUUUGGAGUAAUGCUUCUGGAAUUGAUUACUGGGCGACGGCCUGUUGACCCUACAAAUGCUUACAUGGAUGACAGUUUAGUUGAUUGGGCAAGACCUUUGCUGACAAGAGCUCUGGAAGAAAAUAACUUUGAUUCUCUUGUUGAUCCGCAUCUGCAAAACAAUUAUAACCCCAAUGAAAUGGCCCGCAUGGUCGCCUGUGCUGCUGCUUCUGUCCGUCACUCGGCACGACGCCGACCUCGAAUGAGCCAGGUUGUUAGAGCUUUGGAAGGAGAAGUGUCUCUAUCAGAUCUAAAUGAAGGAAUAAGACCUGGACACAGUUCAAUCUACAGCUCCUACGGAAGCUCAGAUUAUGAUACCUCCCAAUACAAGGAUGACAUGAAGAAAUUCAGACAGAUGGCUCUUCAAAGCACCGAGUAUGGCAGCAGCGAGUAUGGUGGGACAACCAGCGAGUAUGGCAUGUACCCAUCUGGUUCAAGUAGUGAAGCCCAAAGUCGCCAAACGACCCGAGAGAUGAAAGGAGAUAGUAAAGGUUUCAGCGAAGGUCAAAGCCGCCCAACUACUCGAGAGAUGGAGAUGGGAAAGAUGAAAGGAGAUAGUAGAGGUUUUAGUGGAAGCUCUUGAUGCAAAGAUUCUUGCAUCAUUUCUUCCUGUAAAGAAAAACCCUGAUGUGAAAAGGAAAAUUAAUUGUUUUAUAUAUUAGAUUGCGAGUGACGUGAUUCUAACACAAUUUUUUCGUUUUUUUUUGGCAUUCUUUUACCUUGCAGUGGAAUUAUUGGUUUUCACCUCAAUGUAUUUACUAUUGCUUUUACAGAGAGAGAACAUACUACAUAUUGGGCAAUUCUUUUGUAUAAUGAUUUUGGUUUCGUUGAGCUCAAUUGUGAAUAUUACUAUGA